AUGUCUCCUACUCUCCAACAAGCAACUGAACACUAUUUUAUUCUUCCAGAUCCACCAAGUGACCUCAAAGAUCCGGCUUCCACUUUCAGCCCUUGCGCAGGCGGUGAGAGCCAAGAAGGUGCUGAUACUACUCAAAAUAUGAAUGAUACCGAUAAAAACAACAGCGAAAGGGAAGAGAGUGAUUUAGCUCUAGAGAAGGAGAGUGCUACAUUCACCUCACAGAAGCAGCACCUGGAAGAAUUAUCUGACGCAAAGGAAACAUUUAUUGGAGGUCCUGAGGCAGAGGCCAAAUCCAACAACACAAAGGAUUCUGACAAUCCAAUUGCUAAGGUGGGGAGCAGUGUAGCAUCUGACAAGAUGAGAGAUGGGUGCAAUGCUAAUGCCAUUCCGUGUCCUGCUACUUCAAAUCAUACAACUGAACACAGCUCCAUAGCUUCCCAGGAAGCCAGUCCAGCAAGUACAAAAGACACAGCUAUCCCUGAACAAGUUGAAAGGCCAAGUUCUGAGGAAUUACUAGCUGAUGUUUCACUUCCACAAGGGAAGGUAGAGCCGAAGAAGACUGAACCUGCACCUGCUGCCUCGUCUAAUAUCCAACAGCAUGGGUGCAAACAAGCUGGAAAUGGCAACACUGAACCUAAAAGCAAGGAAAACACAGCGGCCGAUGAUGACCCCAUAACAAGGCUACAGCGAGCGGCCGAUGAUUACUCUUGGAGGUUCUUCUGA